GGCUCCCCAGGAUGGGGAAGGGAAGGUGGAGUUUUCAAGCGGGAACUUGACCCGUUAGGCGCCGCGGCCAUGGCGGCGCGCUCGCCGUCUUCCUCGCCGCCUCCGCCCCCGGUGCGGCGCUCCAGCCGGCGGCCCCUGCGCGUCGGGCGCGGAGCCGAAGUGCACGCUGUGCGCAGCGAGGCCUCGGGUCUGGCGGGCGCCGCGAGGGAGGUCGUCGCGGAUAAAAGCGACUUACUUUGGAGGGGCGAAGAAGGGUCAGGGGGACGGCGAGGGUCGGGGCGGGCCGGGGCUGCUGUCGCUCCAGUCGCCAGCGCGCCCGCGGGGUCCUGGUGGCCAGAGGUCCUCUCCUCGGAGGAGGCGAAGGCGACGCGAUCGCAGCUGCUGGAGGAAGAGCUGAGCAGCCUAAAGGAGGAGCUGGCCCUGUGUCAGGCUGACAAGGAAUUUGUCUGGUCUCUGUGGCGGCGUCUUCAGGCAACAAGCCCAGAUCUCACUCAAACUGUCAGUUUGGUUGUGGAAAGAGAAAAACAGAAAUCUGAAGCCAAAGACAGAAAAGUUCUGGAAAUUUUACAAGUCAAAGAUUCUAAAAUACAAGAAUUGGAGCAGACUGAAUGUGUACUAAAACAGGAACUACAUGACCUUGUAAAGCUGAAGACUCUGGUUGAUGAAGAAAAUGCUUUCUUGAGGAAAGAAUUGUGUGAUUUACAGAAGAAAUUUAAAGAUAAAAGCCAAGAAGUGAAGGACGCCAAGGAGUGUGUACAGAGUAAAGAAGAGCAAAACAGAUUGGUUAUAAAAAACAUGGAGGAGGAAAAUGAGAGAUUACGAACACGCUGCACUGACUUGCUAAAUGACCUGGAGAAACUGAGGGACCAGGAAGCACACUGGAGAAAAGAGAAACACAGUGUGGACACGAGAGUAAAGGUCCUUGAAGAAAAUUUGAUUGAAGCAAAGAGAGAAAUUGAGUCAGCACAGACUAAAUAUCAUGCUGUGUCACAACAGCUGAACAACAAACAGACUGAACUUCUCCAAAAAGACAUGGAUAUUACAUUGGUCAGGAAAGAACUGCAGGAGCUGCAGAAUGUGUACAAGCAGAACAGUGCCCACACAGCCCAGCAAGCAGACCUGAUCCAGCAGCUCCAGGCUCUCAACAUGGACACGCAGAAAGUCCUGAGGAACCAGGAAGAUGUCCACACGGCCGAGAGCAUAUCAUACCAAAAACUUUAUAAUGAAUUACAUAUGUGUUUUGAAACUACAAAAUCAAAUGAAGCUAUGCUCCGACAAAGUGUUGUUAAUCUUCAAGACCAACUGUUUCAAAAAGAACAAGAAAAUGUAAAAUUAAAAGAAAAACUUCAGGAAUCACAAGGAACAGCACCCUCUUUAUCACCACACGACAGUGAUUCAAACCACUCAGGAAAGGCACCGUUAUCAACCUUGGAAACAUUGAUGAUCUCACAGAAGUCUGAAAUUGAAUAUUUACAGAAGAAACUGAAAGUGGCAAAUGAAAAGUUGAUGGAGAAUAGAUCUUGUGACCAGGAUUUCUCAGAGAAGGGGACCGAAGGAAAACACAAGGAACCACCUGUGAAACGUUCAAGGUCUUUGUCCCCAAAGAGCAGUUUCAUGAACUCUGAGGAGCUAAGGAAGCUUAAAAAGGCUGAAAGAAAGAUUGAAAACUUGGAGAAGACACUACAGCUAAAGAGCCAAGAAAAUGAUGAGCUAAGAGAUGCCCAUGAAAAACGCAAGGAGAGACUACAGAUGUUACACACCAACUACAGGGCAGUAAAAGAGCAAUUAAAACAGUGGGAAGAAGACAGUGGCAUGGCUGAAUCCAGACAAACGAAGCGAGCAGAGCCUCACCAGCUCCGACAAGAAGACUCUGAUGCUGUGUGGAAUGAACUGGCAUAUUUCAAAAGAGAAAACCAGGAGCUGAUGGUUCAAAAGAUGACUCUUCAAGAUGAAUUAGAUGAGCUUAAAAUGCAUAUGUCCAUUGAUAAAACAACAAUACAGGAAUUAAAUAGGUGCAUGGCAGAGAAAAGAGAAGAACAACUCUUUAGACAGCAUGAGGAUGCUGAGGUCAAGAAGAGUACUCCGGAGAAGAAUGAGAAAGCAAUCUCGGAACAGACAUUACAGAAGGUCAUUGAGUUGGAAAAUCGACUAAAAUCUUUUGAGAAAAACUCAAGAAAAUUAAAAGAAGAGAAUAAGAGAUUAAAGAAAGAGAAUGAUUUCCUUAAAUCCCACUUAAAACACUAUCAAGAAGACUCGGAGGCGAGAGAAAAGGAGCUAGAGCAGCUACUGAGGGUGAGCAAAGAUGUAGAACAUGACAAAAGUGAGCUUCAAACAAAAAUCACUGCUCUGGAGACUGAAGUCACUAUCCUGAGGAGACAAGUGACAGAAGCUAAGGCUUUGAGAGGCAAAGACGAAGAGGUGGUAUGUCCAGAGGAGAGAGCACACUGCCCAACAGACAAAGCUAAAUCUGAGAUGGCCACCACAGAUGUGAGAGCCCGGCGCUGUGACUGCAAGACAGCCACUACCAAGGUGAAAUUUAAGGCUGCCAAGAGAAAGUGCUCAGUGGGUCGCCACCACACAGUUCUCAAUCACUCCAUCAAGGUUAUGAGCCACGUGGAGAACCUCAGCAAGGACGGCUGGGAGGAUGUGAGUGAAGGCAGCAGUGAUGCUGAAACACAAACCUUUCAAAAUUUGGGAACAAUUAUUGUGGAAACAUCCCAGAGUAUAAGCCCUAUCGAAGAUGUUGCUUAUGUCUACAUUGGAGCAGGAAAAACAUCAGGACAACAUACCCAGACUCCCAGAGAGUACCUCAUUAAAUGCCCCUGUUUUAUUAUUGUUGCUCCAUCUGCUCCCACUGCUUUAAACUGUCCUAGUAUUUCUCAUAAUAAGAACACCAAGAAAAUGACAUUUCAAAAGAAGAGUGGAAGCCUGCAGAAGAGCUUGCACAGUGCCCUUCCUGCCAGAGUUAACAGAGAGAAGUGCAAAAAUCUACCUGCCCAGAAAUCCAGUAGCAGCACCAUUUUAUUACGAGAACGGAUUGUAUCCUUGCAGCAACAGAACAGUUUGCUUCAGAACGCCAGGAGAGCAGCAGAGGCGUCUGCUAAGGAGUAUAAAGAAGCAAACGAGAAGCUCCUCCAUCAACAGCAAGUCAGCGAUCACCGAUUCCAGACCAGCAGACAGACAAUAAAGAAGCUCACUCUUGAUUUAGCUGAACUUCGAAAAGAAAAGGAAGAUUUGUUGAAGAAAGUGGAGUCUUCAUCCGACAUCACAAGCUUGGCAGAAGAAGUUUCUAGAAUAAUGGCUCCGCAGAUAAAGGUUACCACACUGGGUCCUUCAAGAAGCAUGGAUUUGGAAAUAAAGCAAUUGCAGUGUAAACUAAAGAAUGCAACUAAUGAGCUCACUAAACAGUCAUCGAAUGUGAAGUCUCUGAGAAUGGAACUCCUGGCAAAGGACGACCACAUAAAGGAGAUGCACGAAAGGACGUCUCGAAUGGAGAGGGAUAUAACCAUGAAAAGACACCUGAUCGAGGACUUGAAAUUUCGACAGAAAGUAAAUUCAGAAAGUAAUGAGAGUUUUAAUGAAAUGUUAGAAACUCUUGAAAAAAAGGUGAAGUCAUUAACUGAAGAAUGUUCCAACAAGAAGGUAUCAGUAGAUUCACUAAAGCAAAGACUUAACGUUGCUGUGAAAGAGAAGUCACAGUAUGAGCAGAUGUAUCAGAAAACUAAAGAGGAGUUAGAAAAAAAGGAUCUCAAGAUGAGUGUCCUGAUAUCAAAACUAAAUGACACAGAGACAGCCAUGGCUCAGAUUGAGACGGCGGCUUCAGAGCAGCUCCAGGGCUUAGCACUGCAGAGUGAGCAGGUCCUGGAAGGCGCGCAGAAGAAACUGCUGUCCGCCAAUGAGAAGAUUGAAGAGUUCACCAUCUUUGUGAAGGCUUUGGUCAAUGAGUUACAAAGUGAUGUCCAUGGGACAAGACAUCAAAUCAGAGAGCUUAAGAAGAUGCAAAAAAGCAGACAUGCUUGUAAAACCUCAACCCAUAAAGCCCAGACCUUGGCAGCUUCCAUCCUGAACAUCUCACGGUCAGACCUAGAGGAGAUACUGGACACAGAAGAUGAAAUGGAAAUUGAGAAGACAAAGAUAGACAUUGAAAAUGACAAGGAGUGGAUGUUGUACAUUCAGAAACUUCUUGAAGGACAGCUUCCGUUUGCAUCAUAUUUACUAGAAGCAGUACUGGAGAAAAUAAAGGAAAAUAAGAAACUAACUGAAGGAUAUUUCACAGUGAUGAAAGACACUAAAUAAAAUUAAAGUAGAGCUAUUUUCAAAUACAAGAACUUCAUGUGCUGUGGUUGUAAACAGUCCAGAUACAGUAUCUGCUCCAGCUAGCAAUGGGCAGCUUCAGCCAAAUAAAAAGUUGCUGAAACUGAUUGCUGAACAAAUGAAGUUGACUAAGUGCAUAGCCACAUAAAAGGGAAGGCUAGCAUUUGAAUGUUGGAUGUUGUCCCAAUCAAUGCAAACUUAAAAAUGGUUUUCCUCCCAGUACAUAAGAAGAAAACAAAACAAGUUUGUCACAAACUGCACAGAUUGGUCUGAGUAUAAAAUAAAAAGUUAUAAAUAAAGGACUAAAUAUAAAUUUAUAUAAAAACUAGACUUUUAUACAAAACUGUUGUAAAUGUGAUCCAGUGAACAACAUCUUUGUGUGGUGAGAAAAUAUGAAGUGAAUUAUGCUAAUAUCAAGGAGGGGCACUGAGUGAAGCAUACUGUAUGCCUCCAUUGUACCUGUUCUCAUUGACAUACUGGAUUAUACGGGAGAUACUCUGUUUUUCUAGAAUUGUCUGGAAAAAAAUAAAAACAUUUCUCUCCUUUGUCUGCUUGUGCAGUUAUAUAAAUCAGCAGGGCCAGAACCCCAAUGUAUAAUGUCGGGCUAGACCAAGCAGAGCUCAUACCAUGCCAUCUAAUUAACAAUGCCUUCUCACUGCGGUGGGAACACUAUGUGUCGUUGUUAACCAUUCUUCUCCUUCCGUGUCCUCACUGAGUUCUUGCCACACAUUCUUGGAGCCUCUGAGUCACUGAACUUGCUCUUCUAUGCUUACUGUCGGUUCUGUCUUUGUAGAAUACUCUGUGUGUAACUGUAUGCGUACCUGUCUUCUCAUCAUCCAGGUUCACUUCACCAGUUCCAUCGUGGCAUAUUCUCUGAAAAUCCUACUAGUAACAUGAAAUCAUCUGCUUUUAAUCUGCUCACUCUUUGCUUUAUGGUUGACCCUCAUUUACUCCUUUAGAAUACAGACCCCAUGAGAUUAAAGUAGGUGAUGGCAAAUUAAGACCCAUAGCCAAAUCUUGCCUGCCAUCUACUUUUAUAUAGUUCACAGGCUGAAAUUUUUUUUCUAUUUUAUUAAACUGUUUAAAAACAAUACUUUGUGGCAUGUAAAAUCAUAUGAAAUUCAAUUUUAAUGUUUUAUCAAUAAAGAUUUAUUG